CACAGAGCAAAGUAUAUCGACUGAGGAGAGUACAACGUUCAGCCCAUCUCCAUCUGAGUCUACAUCAACUGUAGCAGAUUCAACCACUUUUGAAACCACAGAGGAAAGAACAACGUUCAGCCCAUCUCCAUCUCAGUAUACAUCAGCCGUAGCAGAUGCAACCACUUUUGAAACCACAGAGAAAAGCAUAUCCACAGAGGAAAGUACAACGUUCACCCCAUCUCCAUCUGAGUUUACAUCAACCGUAGCAGCUUCAACCAUUUCUAGCACCACAGAAGGAAGCACGUCCAAAGAGCAAAGUACAACCUUGAGCCCAUCUACAACUAAGUUUACAUCAACUCUGCCAGGACUGACCACUUCUGAAACCACAUUAGAAAGCACAUCCACGGAGCCAGGACUGACCACUUCUGAAACCACAUUAGAAAGCACAUCCACGGAGCCAAGUACAACAUUGAGCCCUUCAACAACUGUGUCGACAUCAACUGUGAAAGUUCCGACCACUUCUAGCACCACAGAAGGAAGCACAUCCAAAGAGCAAAGUACAACCUUGAGCCCAUCUACAACUAAGUUUACAUCAACUGUAGCAGAUGUGAAUGAAUGUCUUGAUAGUAACAUUUGUUCUUGGAAAAACAAUUCCUACUGUGUCAAUACCAAGGGCUCUUACAACUGCACAUGCCUGACUGGAUAUACAGGACACAAUUGCACAGACAUUGAUGAGUGUCUUGAUAGUAACACCUGUUCCAUGAAAAACAAUUCUUAUUGUGUCAAUACCGAGGGCUCUUUCAACUGCACAUGUCUGAGUGGAUAUGAAGGACCCACUUGCACAGAUGUGAAUGAAUGUCUUGAUAGUAACAUUUGUUCUUGGAAAAACAAUUCCUACUGUGUCAAUACCAAGGGCUAUUACAACUGCACAUGCCUGACUGGAUAUGCAGGACACAAUUGCACAGAUAUUGAUGAAUGUGCACAAGGUCAGAACAAUUGCGUUUUGAAUUCCAAGUGCAACAAUACAGAAGGCUCAUAUGUUUGCAACUGUAAUAGUGGAUAUGAAGGUCCUAACUGCACUGAUAUUAAUGAAUGUACCAGAUUUCUGGAUAACUGUGACAAUAAUGCCAAAUGCCAGAAUACACCAGGUUCAUUCAAGUGCUCCUGCGUGUCGGGAUUGAAAGGAAAUGGAACAUUCUGCGAAGAUAUUGAUGAGUGUACAAACCAAACAGAUAACUGUUCUGCAGGAGAGCGCUGUGAAAACAGCUUUAGAAGCUAUAUUUGCAUUUGCUCUGCAGGAUACAAGAGAGUAAACAGUACUUGUGAAGAUAUUGAUGAAUGCCAAGACAUGGCAUCUUGUCCAGAGAACGGCCAAGAAUGUGUUAAUACUGAAGGAUCUUUUACUUGUGAAUGCAGAAGUGGAUUCCAGAAUAUAAAUGAAACAUGCAAAGAUAUUAAUGAAUGCCUGAAUGCAGAAGCAAAUAACUGUUCCAAAAGUCAAGGACUUUGUGCAAAUUUGGAAGGAUCAUAUCACUGUCAGUGCAUUGCUGGAUAUACUGGAAAUGGUUUUACAUGCUCUGAUAUUGAUGAAUGUCUUGAUGGUAACAUCUGUUCCAUGAAAAGCAAUUCUUAUUGUGUCAAUACUGAUGGCUCUUUCAACUGCACAUGUCUGAGUGGAUAUGAAGGACCCACUUGCACAGAUGUGAAUGAAUGUCUUGAUAGUAACAUUUGUUCUUGGAAAAACAAUUCCUACUGUGUCAAUACCAAGGGCUAUUACAACUGCACAUGCCUGACUGGAUAUGCAGGACACAAUUGCACAGACAUUGAUGAGUGUCUUGAUAGUAACACCUGUUCCAUGAAAAACAAUUCUUAUUGUGUCAAUACCGAGGGCUCUUUCAACUGCACAUGUCUGAGUGGAUAUGAAGGACCCACUUGCACAGCUAUCGACACUUGUGUCCUAGCCUGCACAAAUGCAGAAUGUUUCUUUGAAUACUUAAAUGAGCCUGCAUGCCAGUGUAAUCGAGGAUUUGAAAUCGGUGAAUCAAAUACAGUCUGCAGAGAUAUCAAUGAAUGUGACUCAUCAAACAAAUGUGGACAAGUAUGCAAAAACACUCUUGGUAGUUAUGAAUGUUUUUGCUGGCCUGGUUAUCUGUUAAAUCAAGGAGACAAAAAAAAUUGCAGUGACAUUGAUGAAUGUGCUAAUCCUGAAUUAAAUGAUUGUGAACAUAUUUGCCAAAAUAUUCCUGGACGGUAUAAAUGUGCGUGUAAUCCUGGUUUCAAGCUAGAUAACGAGAACGAGAAGAAUUGCAUUGAUAUCAACGAAUGCUUAUCCAAUCCAUGCAGUAGGAAAGGUCAAUGCACAAACACACCGGGCUCCUUUAACUGCACUUGUGUAAGUGGUUUUACUGGUCGAUUAUGCUCAGAAGACAUAGAUGAAUGUUCAUCUUAUCCAUGUGUGAAUGGAAAAUGUUUAAAUAUACCGGGAAGUUUCAAAUGCCAGUGUGAUAGAGGCUUUACGGGACAGACCUGUGAAACUGAUAUUGAUGAAUGUCAUAGCCAACCAUGUAUGAAUGGAGCCACCUGUUUGGAUCAGAUAAAUAACUUCACCUGCGCCUGUUCACCUGGAUAUACUGGGCAAUUUUGUCAAAGAUUAAUUGACAACUGUGCUAGCGAGCCAUGCCAAAAUACUGGCUUCUGCCAGAACCACAUUAACAACUAUACAUGCAUCUGCACUAAGAAUUGGAAAGGUCGAGAUUGCAGUACAGAUGUGGAUGAGUGUUCCCUUAAAACUGACAAUUGUGACCGGCGUGGUGGAACCUGUACAAAUACAAUCGGAUCUUUCAUGUGCUCCUGUAAAGAAGGGUAUGAAGGUGAUGGAAUCACCUGCAGAGAGAAACGACUGUUUAAAUAUGGACCACAAUACGGAGAUAGAAGAAUCAGUAGAGUGGCACUGGACUUAAAUUCUCCAACCAUCAACAUCCCAACUGGCUUUCCAUUCGAUGACACCUUUUACUACAGAUUAUACUUUUCAGAUAAUGGGCUGAUUACAUUUCAAAGAAACCUUUAUGUACAGUAUAUCUACUCAGCUCCAUUCCGGGCAUUCUCAAGAUUUUACUAUAGAAUACCAUCAAUGAUUGCUGUUUUCUGGGAUGAUGCAGACGUGACAAGAGGAAUUGGAAAUAUAUACUACCAGUCAUUUGAUUUUCAAGAAAGGCAAGAUAAUCAUAGUCAGAAUUUCCAGAAAGACCUUGGAGAUCAAAUCAAUGAGUCGUAUGGGUCAGAACUUGGUAUCAAUUUUCAGCCUAAGUGGGCACUCAGGAUCACCUGGGAAAAUAUGCUUCCUUUCACUGGAUACAGAAAUGUGGACCUUCAAGGGACCAAUACAUACCAAGCAGUCUUAAUAACUGAUGGUAUUUUCUCCUUCUGCUUAAUUAAAUUCCAAGAUGGUGGAAUGAACUGGAAAUUUUCAGCAAGACCUUCCCGGCAAAAUUAUGCUCUCAUGGGAUAUUAUAGUGAAUCUACAUCCUUCUUCUUUAAUGACCCUCAGACCAGAUUUUUUGUACCACCUGAAAAAAUCUACCGUCCUGAUAAAUAUCCUGGACAUAAAACAGGUAAAAAUGGACAGUGGGCUUACCGUUUGGAAAGAAAUAACAUACAUACAAGAAACCCAAGACAAAAAUGUGUUGAUUGGUAUUUAAGUGAACCUUUCCCAUAUUGGAGCUUCUACACUUCGCCUUGUCCCUGCUCAAUUUGGCAGGCUAUUUUUGAUAAUUCCUUUACAUGGGGACAAAUCAUAAAGUAUUAUGGAUUUGAAGUUAAAGGAACUCAAGAUACAUUUUGGACAUACCAAAGCCGAUUCCCUAACAGGCUGGGCUCAGGAGUGAGAUGUUAUUAUUCAUUUAAUGGUGGUCUGAUCUAUGGUGAAAAAGAACGAUUUCUUCCAGCACCUUGGACUGGCUUCAACUUUUGGGCUUGGAUCUGGAGGGGAUACUCAUAUUAUCUUCAGCAACUAAAUUAUUAUUACAAUGUUUUUUUACCAAGAGUGCAAAGAAGCUAUAGUGAGAAUGAAGUUGAUCCAUACAACAACUGCUGCAGAGACUCUGGCGAUUCUUAUUUCUGUUCGCUUUACUAUUCGAGGAGACCACUAGAUUUUUGCUUUGGAUACAUUCCCCCGAGGAUAGGUUUCUUUUUUGGAGAUCCUCACGUGGUGUCCCUGGAUGGAGUAAAAUACACAUUUAAUGGUCUGGGCGAAUUCAUCUUAUUAAAUUCAAAAGAUGAAAAUGAUACAGUAGUAUUCAGAUUACAGGGUCGAACCAUCAGAGCAGGAGAAAACAGAACAUCAGAAGCAACAAACUUCAUAGCAUUGGCAGCAGAAGGACCCAGUGGAACAAAGGUUCAGUGGAAUCUUAUUAAUGACGAUGAAAUAAUUCUCCUGAUUGAUGGAAAUAUUGUAAAUGUUACAGAAAAUUCCACCUACAUAAAUCAAGUGACUGUACAGAUCACAGACAACAAUGAGACACAGGCCAGUUUUGAGGGUGGAACAUCGAUUACAGUUUCAGGAAAAAUGGGAGCUUUGUCCUUCACUACUGCAUUAGAUAACUCUUUUAAAAACAAAACAGAAGGGCUCUUGGGAGUCUGGAAUGAUGAUAAAACCGAUGACUUCAAAGCUGCUGAUGGACAAUAUCUUGAGUUUGAUGGAACUGAUUUGCCCAAUGACACUCAGAUUUUCUUUGACUUUGGCCUCACGUGGAAAACAACAGAGAAUAACAGUGUAUUUACAUACAACACAACUGAAGGAGAGAGUUGGUAUACUUACAACAACAACAGUUUUGUACCUAAGUUUUAUGAUGAGCUUUUGCAAACCACAGACAAAGAGAAAAUUGACAAAGCUAAUGAAACUUGUAAAGGAAAUGAUGACUGCAUUUUUGAUAUCUUGAGUACAGAUGAUUUUGCCUUUGGAGCUUCAACAUUACAAAGUGUGACAUCAUUUGCAGCACAGAAUAGUACAAUGAAUAAUUUCCCACCGAACAUCACCGGAGAGUCAUCUAUUCAAACUCGGCUUGGUGAACCAGUAUUUGUUCUUUUUACUGCUGUUGAUGCCAAUGAUGACAACGUAAUCUUUUCGGUGUUGACUAAUUCAUCAGAUAUCACAAUGACAGAAAGUGGGAACUUUUCUUGGCAUCCAACAAGCUCCUCUCCAGUGUUUGCCAUAAUACAAGCAAAUGACUCGAAGGCUACGUCUGAGCUCGGAUUGACACUGACAAUAUGCAACUGUAGCAUCAAUUCAACAUGUGAUUACACCAGAUCCAUUAUAAGCAUGCAAAACAACAAUACCAUGUUUGUGGUUGCGGCAUGUAAUUGUACUCCUGCAUAUACUGGUGAUUACUGCACUGAGGAUUUCGAUGCUUGUGAAGACAAUCCAUGUUUUGUCAAUGAUACCUGCAAAGACCAACCUGCACCACUGGAGGGUCAUACUUGUGGCCCAUGUCCAGACAAUUUACAAGGAGAUGGAGAAAAAUGUUAUGAUUUGGAUGAGUGCCAGGAAAAUACAGACACUUGUGAGCAGAUCUGCACAAAUACGUUUGGAAGUUAUAACUGCAGCUGUGAAGAAGGUUAUGCAGUAAAUACAACGAACAGUUCCAUGUGUGAUGACAUCGAUGAAUGUAGUCGUCCAUCUACAUGUCCCAAGAAUGCAGACUGCAUUAAUACAAUGGGAAACUUUACAUGUGUGUGCCAAUCUGGAUACAAUGGAAAACCAUACGAGUUCUGUGUUGAUGUGGAUGAAUGCAUUGAAAGUACUGACUGUUCAGGGAAUAAUUUCAUCUGCACUAAUACCGAGGGCUCUUUCAACUGUACGUGCAGAACGGGAUAUGGAGGACCCAACUGCACAGAUAUUGAUGAAUGUGCACAAGGUCAGAACAAUUGCGUUUUGAAUUCCAAGUGCAACAAUACAGAAGGCUCAUAUGUUUGCAACUGUAAUAGUGGAUAUGAAGGUCCUAACUGCACUGAUAUUAAUGAAUGUACCAGAUUUCUGGAUAACUGUGACAAUAAUGCCAAAUGCCAGAAUACACCAGGUUCAUUCAAGUGCUCCUGCAUGUCGGGAUUGAAAGGAAAUGGAACAUUCUGCGAAGAUAUUGAUGAGUGUACAAACCAAACAGAUAACUGUUCUGCAGGAGAGCGCUGUGAAAACAGCUUUAGAAGCUAUAUUUGCAUUUGCUCUGCAGGAUACAAGAGAGUAAACAGUACUUGUGAAGAUAUUGAUGAAUGCCAAGACAUGGCAUCUUGUCCAGAGAACGGCCAAGAAUGUGUUAAUACUGAAGGAUCUUUUACUUGUGAAUGCAGAAGUGGAUUCCAGAAUAUAAAUGAAACAUGCAAAGAUAUUAAUGAAUGCCUGAAUGCAGAAGCAAAUAACUGUUCCAAAAGUCAAGGACUUUGUGCAAAUUUGGAAGGAUCAUAUCACUGUCAGUGCAUAGCUGGAUAUACUGGAAAUGGUUUUACAUGCUCUGAUAUUGAUGAAUGUCUUGAUGGUAACAUCUGUUCCAUGAAAAGCAAUUCCUAUUGUGUCAAUACUGACGGCUCUUUCAACUGCACAUGUCUGAGUGGAUAUGAAGGACCCACUUGCACAGAUGUGAAUGAAUGUCUUGAUAGUAACAUUUGUUCUUGGAAAAACAAUUCCUACUGUGUCAAUACCAAGGGCUCUUACAACUGCACAUGCUUGACUGGAUAUUCAGGACACAAUUGCACAGAGCUUCCCUCCAGCACCAGUGCAACAGCAAGUCCUUCAAGUGCAACACUGAAUCAGACAUCCAGUCCUGCAAAUGGAAGUAUACCAACAACAUCUACGGUUACCUCAAUUCCAAUAAGUGAUUCUACAAUUGCCUCAGAGCCAACAAACAUAACUGCAAUUACUUCAGAGCUGACAGGCACCAGUACAACUACUUCAGAACUAACAGGCACCACUACAACUACUUCAGAACUAACAGGCACCAAUACAACUACUUCAGAACCAACAGGCACCAGUACAACUACUUCAGAACUAACAGGCACCAAUACAACUACUUCAGAACUAACAGGCACCAAUACAACUACUUCAGAACCAACAGGCACCAGUACAACUACUUCAGAACUAACAGGCACCAAUACAACUACUUCAGAACCAACAGGCACCACUACAACUACUUCAGAACUAACAGGCACCACUACAACUACUUCAGAACCAACAGGCACCAGUACAACUACUUCAGAACUAACAGGCACCAAUACAACUACUUCAGAACCAACAGGCACCAGUACAGCUACUUCAGAACCAACAGGCACCAGUACAACUACUUCAGAACCAACAGGCACCAAUACAACUACUUCAGAACCAGCAGGCACCACUACAACUACUUCAGAACUAACAGGCACCACUACAACUACUUCAGAACUAACAGGCACCAAUACAACUACUUCAGAACCAGCAGGCACCACUACAACUACUUCAGAACCAACAGGCACCAGUACAACUACUUCAGAACCAGCAGGCACCACUACAACUACUUCAGAACUAACAGGCACCACUACAACUACUUCAGAACCAGCAGGCACCAUUACAACUACUUCAGAACCAACAGGCACCAGUACAACUACUUCAGAACCAACAGGCACCACUACAACUACUUCAGAACCAACAGGCACCAGUACAACUACUUCAGAACCAACAGGCACCAGUACAACUACUUCAGAACUAACAGGCACCAAUACAACUACUUCAGAACCAACAGGCACCAGUACAACUACUUCAGAACUAACAGGCACCAAUACAACUACUUCAGAACUAACAGGCACCAAUACAACUACUUCAGAACCAACAGGCACCAGUACAACUACUUCAGAACUAACAGGCACCAAUACAACUACUUCAGAACCAACAGGCACCACUACAACUACUUCAGAACUAACAGGCACCAAUACAACUACUUCAGAACCAACAGGCACCAGUACAACUACUUCAGAACUAACAGGCACCAAUACAACUACUUCAGAACCAACAGGCACCAGUACAGCUACUUCAGAACCAACAGGCACCAGUACAACUACUUCAGAACCAACAGGCACCAAUACAACUACUUCAGAACCAGCAGGCACCACUACAACUACUUCAGAACUAACAGGCACCACUACAACUACUUCAGAACUAACAGGCACCAAUACAACUACUUCAGAACCAGCAGGCACCACUACAACUACUUCAGAACCAACAGGCACCAGUACAACUACUUCAGAACCAGCAGGCACCACUACAACUACUUCAGAACUAACAGGCACCACUACAACUACUUCAGAACCAGCAGGCACCAUUACAACUACUUCAGAACCAACAGGCACCAGUACAACUACUUCAGAACCAACAGGCACCACUACAACUACUUCAGAACCAACAGGCACCAGUACAACUACUUCAGAACCAACAGGCACCAGUACAACUACUUCAGAACCAGCAGCCAAUUCUGCAAUUGCCUCCGAACCAACAAACAUAACUGCAACUACCUCAGAGCUGACAGGCACCACUGCAACUACUUCAGAAAAGACAGGCACCACGACAACAGCUUCAAAACUGACAAUCACUACUACAGCUACUUCAAAACCAACAGAUACCACUACAGUUACUUUAAAACCAACAGACACCACUACAACUACUUCAGAACCAACAGGCACCACUGCAUUUGCCUCAGAACCAACAAGUGUUGGUACAACCACCUCAAAACUGACAAGCUCCAGUACAACUACUUCAAAAUCGACAAGCACCACUAAAACAACUUCAAAACCAACAACCACUACUACAACCACUACAACUACAAUGUCAACAACAGCUCAACCAAUACAAUCAGAUGGACAUGUGAUUCUUUUUCCAUACGGAGAUCAAGCUGGUGAUAAAAGACUGAAGGAUAGUUCGUCUGCUGAAAGAGCUACAAAAAUAAAUAAUUUCGUCAGUCCCACUUUUGAGCCUAAGAUGUUCUUCACUUUUGGGAAAACUCGGUUGCCUUCAAUUUAUUUUACAGAGAAUGGGCUGAUAGUUUUUCCAUUACCAAACUCUGCAAAGUACAAUUAUCCAAACCCGUUUCAAAAUGGAUUUCAAAGCAAUUCCCAACCACCGAUGAUUGCUGUGUUUUGGAUCAAUGCAUACCUCUCACAUGGAGAAGUUUUCUAUCAGGAAUAUGAAACAUUUGGUUUGAAUCCUUCUAACUUGGUACAGACAGUAGAGAAAAUGAUAGAAAAGAACUUUACAAUUACCUAUAAGGCAAAAUGGACCUUGAAGAUUACCUGGGUUAAUGUAACUGCAGAUCCUUCUUCUCCAGUAGACGAGUCAAAUACCUUUCAAGCAGUGAUAACCACAGAUGGAACUUAUUCAUUUGUUUUAAUGCUGUAUAAAUUUGGAGCAAUGAACUGGGAUGUUUCAAAGCUUCCAUCCAAAAACGUUGUUAUUGGGUACAACAGUGGCAGUGGAUUCUUUAAAAAUGAUGAACAAAUGAACCUUCCAGACUCUGAAAGAUUUAAACCUGAUAAGAGAAAAGGAGCAAAUGCAGAUUUGCAAGGCUUAUGGGUAUAUCAACUGAAUCAGAAUAACUCACAGAUCAAUUACAGAGCAAAAUGUUUGCAGUGGUAUUAUUUGGAGCCAAGUCCAUCUCAAUGGAAUCAAAGUUUAUCUGCUUGUCCAUGUACCUUUCCCCAAGGGCAGCGUGAUAGGCAAUUCCAGUUCUUUAAAUCAGAUACUUCAAACAAGAUUCUUCGUAGAACCAAUGGAAAUAUAUUUAAUGCUAGCCAAAGAUGUAUUUACACAAAGAACGGGGCUUUUAUUGAAGGUUGGCAAGAACGCUACUGGAUACCAAUUACACCGUUAUCCUCAUCAAGCAUGCACCAAGACUCCGACCUGAAUCCAUAUAAAUGGUGUUGUGAAAAGGUUGAUGAUCCAAAGUUCUGUGACUUUUAUAAAGAGAAAAGACCAAGCAUUACCUGUGAGGAAUACAGGCCUCCAGGUCAAGGGUUAGGGAAUGGAGAUCCCCACUUCUUCACUUUAGAUGGACAUCCCUUCACUUUCAAUGGUCUUGGAGAUUUUGUGCUACUUAAUAUUAAUGAAUCCAAUGGUACAACCAUGUUUCAACUUCAUGCACGCACAGUCCAAACUGGUGAAGCUAACGCCACAAACUUUGCAGCCUUUGCAGCUCGGCAUAGAUCAACCAAAACAAUUACAGUCCAGAUGACUUUGAAAGGCAAUGAUACAAUUGAUGUGCAACUAAAUGACAUGAAUGUGCAAUUCACUCCUACGGAAGAUAAUAAGGAAGUGUAUUAUGAAGAUAAUUUUUAUCUGGAGAAGGAAGGAAAGUCAUCGAUGCUUGCUUUAUUUGAGAAUGGCAUUUCAUUAAAACUAACAGCAAGAUUUGAAAUGUUAAGUAUCGUACCCAGUUUACCAAAAAAAUAUAUGAACAAAACACAAGGUCUUCUUGGAUUGUGGAAUGAUAAUCAAAAUGAUGAUUUCACAAUGCCCAAUGGGUCCAUUGUUCCAGCCAACAGCUCAGAAUCUACACUUUUCAGAUAUGGAUUAACAUGGGAAGUGCCCAGUGACCAAUCUAUUUUCACAAUUCAAAGUGUUAUAGCAAGAGCUGCAAACAAUAUGUUUACACCUGUAUUCCUGGAUGAGUUCCAGCAAGAGAACAUGAUAUUGUACAACGAGCGUGCCGCUGCAUGCAACAACAACACUCAAUGCAUUUAUGAUGUGCUCAGUACAGGGAAUAUAGAAAUUGGGUUGUCUACAGCAAACACAAUCACACAAUUGAAUGAAGAUAUGAAAAUACUAAAUUCAUUUCCACCUACAAUUGAAGGAAAUAGUGUGAUUUCUACAAAACUGUCUGCACAAAUGAUUAGUUACUACACAGUAACACAACAAAAUGGAAAUGUUGUAUUUACUCCUUACAUAUCCAAGGAUCUAAAUAUAACAGGAAAUGGAACUUUGAUUUGGCUUCCGACAAACAGAAAUGGAUUAACAGUAGAUGUUGAAGCAGUUGACUCUAAUAACCUAACCUCGGUCUUAAGACCACAGCUAGUGCUAUGUGACUGUGGUGAGAAUGGAGAAUGCAAUUACAAUAGCACCACACGAAUCACUGGUUCUUCUGUCUACUUAACUGCAUGCAUAUGUAAAGAUGGAUUCACUGGUUUGAGCUGCCAAUCUCCAGUUGAUACUUGUCAGGCCCUCACAUGCUUCACUGGAGUAAACUGCUCCUCGUCUGGGUGUGGAUCAUGUCCUGCUGGAUUGAGUGGCGAUGGAAUACAGUGUUUGGACAUAGACGAGUGCAAAGACGAAAACCCAUGUUCUCCAAAUGCAACAUGUAUUAAUACUGUGAGAAGUUAUAAUUGUACUUGCAAUGAUGGAUUUUCAGGCAAUGGGACAUAUUGCAGUGACAUUACUGAAUGUUCAACAUGUUCACCUAAUGCUGUCUGCAAAGACACAGGAGGAAAAUUCAAAUGCAUUUGUAAUGAACGAUUUACAGGAAAUGGAACAACCUGCACGCCAUUGCCCGGACCAUGUGACUCUUUCCAGUGCCCUCCCACAUUCUGCAGGAAUUUUGGAACCUGCUCUCUCAAUCCUUCUCUAAACUGCACACCUGUCUGCCGGUGCCCAAGUCCGUAUACAGGAGAGCGGUGUACACUUGUAUCUUUGGUAUUCACUGCAGAACAGUCACCAGAUCUUCCCAAGAGAGUAGUCAAUAUCACAUCGACUUUAACAAAUGUUAACGAAAUUUCAGAAAUUAACCCAAAUUUGGCUGAGAGCAUCAGACAAAAGGUACUUGAAAAGGCAAAGGAAGUGCAGCAAUUUAAUAAUAUUUCAGAACCUCGUUACUGGAAACGGGAAGGAAAUGUUGUUGCUUCAACUGACUGUUUCUUCAAUUACAAUGGAAACAGGACUGUAAUUGAUUUUCUAAAUGAAGACUUGCAUCCUACAAUUUUGACUGCCUUCAACAAUGCAGAACGUGCUGCAACUCCUGUUACUGACUUUGCACCUUUAAACAGUAGUGACAUUCAGGAUGUAUUUAAACUAACUCGCAACCAGCUACUGAGUUACUUCAGCUGCAAUAAUACUAUAUUUUCUGGUUACUUGCUUCAAUGGGAUGAGCAACAUGGAGCCAUUUGCCAAUCUCCCUGUGACAUGGACUACUGUCUCAAUCAGGCAGAGUGUCAACAUCAGCCAACUGGACCUAUGUGCAAAUGUGUUCCACGCACAAUAUAUGACAGUUUCGGUGAACGCUGUGAACACCUAGCAAUAAAUCUCAGGGCCUUUUUUGGCAUUUUAUUUGGAGCUUUAGCAUUCUUGCUCUUAUUGAUGUUAGCCAUAUUUUUAUGUGUGUGGAAGUGCAAUUCAUCAGGAAGAUCAAGAUUCUCAAAUGACUCAGACAGCAUUAGCUAUGAGAACCGUCAGAUAUUCUCUUGGCAAGGUAAUCCAUUUUCUUCUAAAUUAAACAACACUAACAUCUUGCCUUCUUUGGAUGAAAAGAAUCUGUCUUCGAUAACCUGGAAGCCACAUCUUGAUAAUGUCAAUCCAGCUACAGAGAUAAAAAUUGAAAGACCAUCACUCAAACGGACUGGUAGUGAUUCAGAAAUACCAUAACUCCAUCAGUCUGCCAUUGAGAACUUCACUGAUAUUCUCCACUAUAUAUCAAGUGACUCACAGACAUGAUAUUUUGCUGCAAUAAAAAUCUCUUGCGGGUAUUCAUCAAAUUAAACUUACUUGAAUAUUUUUAAUUACCUACACUUUAAAUCAACAUUAUUUUCUUGUAUUAUUUUAAAAUGUAAACAUUGUUAAAAUUAAUACUUAUUAUUCUCUGUCAUAAUGAUGAAAUUGAAUCUCAAAGGUUUAUCGGUAUUAAUGGAUUUGUUUUGUUCCUACUCUCUGAUCAUAUAAGCACUUUGUUCUAUAGAGUCAAUUAUCAUUCAUGACAGUUUUAAAGUUACAAAUGCAUGAUUUCGUUAAACUAACUGGAUACUAUCAAUGUAGGUGUGCCCUUCACAAUAUUGUACAAGGAUGCAAUACUUAAGUGUUGGAACAUUAAAACAUUACAUAAACAUACACAUUUUAGAGCACUUUAAUAAACUCGACUAUUUUAUAUUGAUACUGGAAAUAAUUGUGCAUGUUUUGUAACAGUUUUAGAUUCUUAUUUUUGGGAUAAAGUAUGUUUUGAAUAUGAAUUGUAUAGUUUAUCCUGUGAGGGGCGAUAGUUUGUACUACAUAUUGAUAUGCAUUUAAAUAUGUUAAUUAAUCUAAGGAAAACAGUUAUAAACUUUUAUUCUAAAUAUUAUAAUUUUGAAUAUAUUAAUAAAA